CUCUGAGCUGCUGCGACUAGACGCAGAACAGGGAUCCUGGAAGCGAACUAGCAACAGGUGAUCCAGGAGAGGCCGUAAGCGGAGCCCGUGCCCUGUGAGUUCCCGAAGGCACUCGCCCUCCGCCGGGGAGCCUGCAGGAUGGCAGCCAACGGCACAGUGGGGCCCGAGUCGCAGGAGAUGCAGCGCCGCGUGGAUCAGAUCACAGAUGAGUCGCUGGAGAGCACCCGUCGGAUGCUGCAUAUGGUGGAAGAGAGCAAAGACGCUGGGAUCCAGAUCUUGGUGAUGCUGGAUGAACAGGGAGAACAGCUGGACCGGAUUGACGAGGGGCUGGACCAGAUCAACCAGGACAUGAAGGAGGCGGAGAAGAACCUGACAGACAUGGCCAAGUGCUGCGGCAUCUGCGUCUGCCCCUGUGCCAAGCUGAAGAACAUCAAGGCCAGUGAGGCGUACAAGGCGGUCUGGGGCAACACCCAGGACGGGGUGGUCUCCACGCAGCCCUCGCGGGUGGCAGACGAAAGAGAGCAGAUGGUCAUGAGCGGCGACUACAUCCACAGAAUAACGAAUGACGCGCGGGAGGACGAGAUGGAGGAGAACCUGGUGCAGGUGGGAAGCAUCCUGGGCAACUUGAAGAGCAUGGCGCUGGACGUGGGCAACGAGAUUGACAUCCAGAACAAGCAGGUGGACAAGAUCAUGGAGAAGGUCACCGUGAACGAAGAUCGCAUCCAAGAAGCCAACACCCGGGCCAAGAAGAUUCUAAAAAAUGCCUGAGACGCCGCGCCACGUGCUGUCCCGCUUCGCUGCCCCCCCACCCCGGCUCCCGGUCGCAGCUGUCCGUCCGUCCGUCCGUCCCUGCUGUCCAACCUGCCCUGGAGUCUCUGGCGCCGUGCGUUAGGUGGAGCCGCGGAUGUUCCGGGGGCGGGCGUAGGGUGUGUGCACUGCCAUUGCACUUAGCGGAUAACAGCCUUACUAUUGCAGCCAGCUAGGGGAGCUCCUCCUGUAGCUCCAGUGGGAGAGGGCUGUCCCUGGGUGCUGAAGGUGAUAGGCUUAGUGGCAGGUGGGGGGACGGAGUAUGCUACAGACACGGUGGCGCCAUGUGUUGUGGGGGGAAGGGAUCUUUAUAUCCUCUUUGGGGUACACAUGUGACCCCCCCCACCCACUGUAGGAAAGGCAGACCCCUGUGCAUCAUGCCCCAAUGCAGUGACUCAGAAGGAGGAAGCGGCCCUGAACUUUCUCCCAGUCGGGGGGAAUUUUUGGAGCGCGGCGUGUGGAUAUUUGGCUCUAUUUUCAAACGGCCACAGCCCUGCCUCCCAUGGGACCCUAAUCUCCCCCACCCCUCCUCUUGUGAUUGGGUCCUCAUGCCCCGCACCCGCUCCUGCCACCCAUGCCCCUACCCUGGAGGCUCCUCCCCCUGCCUGAGAUGGGUUUUCCCAGGGGCAGAUAAUGAGUGCUGGGGGAGGGCCAGUCAGCUGUGGGAUUGGGCAGGACUCUGCCGUCUGGAGAGAAAUGGGGGUAGGGGAGGGGGUGAGAGGGAGACAGGGAUUUUCUUGUGUGUUAUCCCAGCCAACUUUGGGUUCUGAGCAGCCUAUGAUUUUAUGAAGCAUGUUAAACUGUGGAACUCCACGCCACAAGAUAUUAAUAAUCCCUAGAUCUCAAAGCACUUUACAAAGGGGCGUGGUGGUGUCAGUAGCACUAUCUCCAUUUUACAGAUGAGGAAACUGAGGCAUAGAGAAGGGAAGCGACUUGCCCAAGCUCACCCAGCAGGCCAGUGGCAGAGCUGGGAAUAGAUCCCAGGUCUCCGGAGUCCCACUCCAGUGCUCUAUCCACUAGGCCACGCUGUUCUGAAGAAAGCCCGUAUAUCAACUGACACAAAUGCUUCAGUAGCAAAAUGAAGCCAAACAGGAUUGAUGGGACAGCUGAAUCAGAGAGGGAUCAGGCUAGAGACUUGCCUGGUUCAAUUCUCCACGCCAUCCUUCCCUGUUAACCUGUGGAACCCCCCACCACUGGAUACUUGCAAACAUUUCAUUAACUUACUGAAGAGAAACAGGAGUUAUGGGAGAGAUGAAUCAGAGAAUGGGAACUAUAGGAGAUUUCUCUGGUUCCGUUCCCUUUCCAGCCUUUCCUGGUCACUUGUGGAACUCCCCACCACAGGAUAUUCCAGAAGCAAACAUUUCAUUAACCAAUUAAAGAGAAAUAGGAGUAAUGGGAGAGAUGAAUCAGAGAAUGGGGACAUCAGAGAUUUCCCUGGUUCAGCUCCCCUUCCAUCCUUUCCUGGCAACCUGUGGAACUCCCCACCACAGGAUAUUCCCGAAGCAAACAUUUCACGAACUAAAUGAAGGGAAAUAGGACUGAUGGGACGGCUGGAUUGGGGAGGUGGGGGCGCAUGCCGAUGACUCCCUGGUUUCUAUCCCUCUCUGUGUGUGUGUGUGUGUUUGGUUUUCAAACGUAUCUGUCACUGUGACACCAAAGCCCCUGUCUGUGUGAGGGGCCCUCUUUAUUUUUAUCCGUGAUGUAAGCGAGGUGAUUUUUUUUUCCAAAGCACAAUACAAAAAACAACAAAAAAAGGGAAAGCGCCUUUUUCUUUACAAUAAACUCAAACCCCAUGUCCAAUUUGCCGGCCGGUAAAUGCUCCAGAGGAGGGGGGUGCUGUCCCAUAGCAUUCUAGGAAUAUUGGGCUAAAAGAGACCUCCUUGGAUCAGCUAAUCCAUCUCCCCCCGCGCUGAGACAGGACCAGGUAGCCCUGCCUCCCCUUAGAGUUCCUACUAUCUACCUUAAAUUCCCCUUGCUGCCGAUUGGGACAGUUCCUUCUUGUCCUACCCACCAUGGAGAGCAGUGGAUCACCGUCCGCUUUAUGUAGCUCUUAACGUAACUGACGCCUGUUCUCAGUUCUCCCCUCAACCAUCUCUUCUCUAGACUAAACCUGCCCACUUCUUUCAGCCUUCCCUCCUGGGUCAGGUUUUCUAAACCUGUCCUCCUUUGGGUCAAUCUCCUCCAGUUUGCCCUGAGGCUGCUCAGAGUGACACUGGGGACCAGGCAACUGAUAGAACCCAGGAGUCCUGGCAGCUCCCAACCUCCCACUGCUCUAAUGACUAGACCACUCAUAUCUGUGAGACCCACCCAAUUGGCCCCUGGGCAGCAUAUUUAUUCCAUUGCCGUCCGGCCCUUAAGUAACAACAAUCCGUAGCUCCAAUACGGGGCUUACAAAGGAGGUCAGUAUCAUUAUCCUUAUUUUACAGAUGGGGAAACUGAGGCACAGAGGGGUGCUAUGACUCACCCAAGGUCACUGAGCAGGCCAGUGGCCGGGCCGGGAAUCAAACCCACUAGCCCACGCUUUCUCCCCCAAAGCAAAGGUUUCAGUAACUAAAUGAAGGCAACAGGAUAGCUGAAUCAGGGAAUGAGGGCAUCAAUCGCGGCGUCAGUUUCUCCCGCCGGCCAUCCCUGUUAAGCUGUGGAACCCUCUGCCACAGGAUAUUCCUGAAGCACAGGCAGUGUGGGGUCGGCGGAGCUGGGAAUCAGAAUCUCUGAGUCUUGGAUCAAGCCCAGCAGCUGCUGAGAGUCAUUCCAGUAUUUGGAAAGAAACAAUCCCCUCACUGUGCUCACAUUAGCCCCACCCCACUCCCCCCCUGCCCCCCAAAGGGGGGGUCUUACCCUGACACAGUUUUUAAAGGUGCUUUUUAUUGAUUUCAGAGGGUUGGGGUUUUCUUAAAGUACAUGGCUCUCCGCUCUCUGCUUCCAGCCCCGAACGGGCCCAGUGGGACGGGGGGAGAGGGGAACCAGCUAUUCCAGACUGCCGUCUCAUUUCUUCUGGGGGAAAGCGGCUCUGACCAGUGAGAAGACGGAGUAACAGGAGCC